AUGGCGGCUGUGCCAAACACUCGACAUGCCAGUCGUAUCCCAAUCUUUGUCGAACACAAGACAGCUCAUCCGCAACAGAGAUUGCUUCCGCCAAUUCCCAGUCCGACAAAGCCUCGUCACUUGCGAUUAAAUCACAGCGUACUAAACACCAUCCACGAGGCAGCCCUGGAAGAAACUAUCGUCAUGCUCGAUCAAUACCCUUCCAAUACCAUCUUCCUUGUUGAGGACUCCGACGAUCGACAGACUCCAGAGUCAGAUGAACGACAAAAACCAGAGUCCGAGACAUCCUCUGUCAGCUCGCGGUUUGAGACCUCACUCACAUCAACGCCCGCAACAACACUCAACGAAAUUGAAACAUACGGAUCGUUCAGCGAUUACGAACGAGCAUACGUACAAUAUCUUGUCGCCGACUUACAACGUCAGAAGUGGACCAUAGUCACUGGUCUAAGACACGCUCUGGACAAAACCCAAUUCUUGACCAUCCAACUUCACAUCUCAAUGUCGCCCCUUUACACCUUCAUUACCAUACUUCAAGAACUCAGUCAUUCUUCCGAGACCGUCCAAAUACUCCAAGAGCAAGUCAUCGAUCAACAAACCGCCAUCAAACACCAGAUUGACGAAACAAGACUCGCCAUUCGAGAACUCCUCAACACAAACCAAGCCGACAUUCGAGAAUGCGAAGUCCUGGUCAAAAAGCACGCCAACUCGGGUCUAGAUAUCGCUCUUGAACUCCGUCUGGCCGUCAAUCAUCUCAUGAUCGCUCUUGCCGCAAAAGAAGACGUUGACAUCGACAAAUUCGACAACAGCCACAAUGACGAGCUCUCACACCAACAAACCAAACUUGCCGAUUUCAGCGCUCGUGUUCGCAGUCUGGUGGAAAAUAUCGAGGAGGAAAAUAAUGAGCUUGAUAAAUGCAUCGGAGAUGUCAAUAAGAUGGUUCAUCAGAUCAAGGGCUUGCUUGUUCGCCAUGUCGAUCGCAAGAGCGCUGUCCGAAAGAUGUUGCAGAACUUGUUACGUCGAGUCUAA